AUGCACCCCUGGUCCCUGCAGCCCCGUGCACGGGCAGCUGCGGCCCCCCCAGUGUGGGGAAGGAGCUGGCUGGUCUCAUUGUUGGCCGGGAGCGCUGUGCCUGGGACGGGAGGGACUGGUGCCCGGUGCCACCCGGCAGCGCUUGCUGCCAGGCCAGGCAGGGGGCUGGUGCGGGCAGCGCUGCGGCAGGGGCACCUGGGCAAAGCAACGGGGUGGGAGAGCUGUGGUGGCAUCACCCUGCAACCCCUGUGGGCACCCUGCCGUCCCCCAUCCCGGUGCAUCUCAAGAGCACCCAGCUCCCAGUGGCUACCCCCCCCCGGCACUGUGCACCCCCGUGUUUGCACGCCCGCACGCUGCUGAGGACAUGCGUCCACGCUGAUGCUCGUGCUGUCACUCAGCCGCAUCCCUCCCUCCCUCCCUCCUCCCUUCUUCCCGCAGCACAGGAGCAUGGUGCGCUGCAGAGCAGCGGGUCGGGUGCCGGCAGCCCCCGCCACCACCGUCACUUCCCCUCCACGCUGAAAUCUCCAGGGAAGGAGGAGAGGAAAAGGCUUCGCCGCAGCUCCUGGGCACGUCAGGAGGAGAGGGACCAGCUCCCAGGGAGAGAGCAGCGCUAGGCCGGAGCGAUGGAGCUGCAGCGUGGGAGGAGGAUGCCGAGAGGCCAGCUCUCCGCUCUCCUCCUCCUCCUCGCCUUGGCCUGGCUCUGGCCGCCGGCGGGGGGUCGACGACCCCCCCGGCCACCACCUUGCCCCCCGAGCUGCUCCUGCACCCGGGACACAGCUUUCUGCGUGGACUCCAAGGCCGUGCCCAAGAACCUGCCUGCCGAGGUCAUCUCGCUGACGAUGGUGAACGCAGCCUUCACAGAGAUCCGGGAGGCAGCCUUCGCCCACAUCCCCUCGCUGCAGUUCCUCCUGCUGAACUCCAACAAGUUCACGCUGAUCGGGGACAACGCCUUCACCGGCCUCUCGCACCUCCAGUACCUGUUCAUCGAGAACAAUGACAUCCAGGCGCUCUCGAAAGCCACUUUCCGUGGGCUCAAGUCCCUGACCCACCUGUCUUUGGCCAACAACAACCUGCAGACGCUGCCCCGGGACCUCUUCAAGCCGCUGGACAUCCUGAGCGACCUGGACCUCCGGGGCAACACGCUGGCCUGCGACUGCAAGAUCAAGUGGCUGGUGGAGUGGCUGGAGAGCACCAACACCACGGUCCCCGCUGUCUUCUGCAGCAGCCCCGGACAGUUCGAGGGCCAGCGGAUCCGGGACCUGGCGCUCGGUGACUUCCAGUGCAUCACCACGGAUUUCGUGGUGCACCAGGUCCUGCCCUUCCAGUCGGUGUCGGCUGAGCCCUUCACCUACGCCAGCGACCUGUACGUCGCCCUGGCGCAGCCCGGUGCCAGCAGCUGCGCCAUCCUCAAGUGGGACUAUGUGGAGCGCAAGCUGCGUGACUUUGACCGCAUCCCCGGUAAGGCAUCCGGGACGGGGUCCCCUCCUGGGUUUUGGGGGAUUCGGGAAGGGCACGGCCCCGGCGUGACGUGGUCCUGCCUGGCAGCUCACUCAGCGGUGCACUGCAAGCCCAUCGUGGCACAGAACCAGCUGUAUGUGGUGGUGGCCCAGCUCUUCGGCGGUUCCUACAUCUACCGCUGGGACACCGCCGUGGACAAAUUCAUCAAGAUCCAGGACAUCGACAGCCAAAAGACCCGCAAGCCCAAUGACAUCGAGGCCUUCCAGAUCGAAGGCGACUGGUACUUUGUCAUCGCCGACAGCUCCAAGGCGGGCUCCACCAGCCUCUACCGCCUCAACCAGAACGGCUUCUAUUCCCACCAAGCCCUCCACGCCUGGCACCGCGACACCGACGUGGAAUACGUGGAGAACGACGGCAAACCCCGGCUGAUCAUCUCCAGCAGCUCCCAAGCCCCCGUCAUCUACCAGUGGAACCGGGCGCAGAAGCAAUUCACGCCCCAGGGGGAGGUGGGGGAGAUGCUGGACGUGCAGAUGGUGAAGCACUUCAGGGUGAAGCGGGACCAGUUCCUCUGCCUCAGCCGCUACAUCGGCGACUCCAAGGUGGUGCGAUGGGAAGGGCAGCGCUUCAUCGAGCUCCAGACGCUGCCAUCCCGCGGCUCCAUGGUGAUGCAGCCCUUCUCGGUGGAGCAACGGCAGUACCUGGCCCUGGGCAGUGACUUCUCCUUCACGCACGUCUACCUCUGGGAAGAAGAGAAGCAGAAAUUCGUCAAGUUUCAGGAGCUGUCGGUGCAGGCGCCGCGGGCUUUCCGCUACGUGCCGGCUGCCGAUGUGCAGCUCCUCCUGGCUCCCAGCUUCAAGGCCAACACGCUGGUCUACCGGCACGUGGUGGUGGACCUCAGCCUCUAGCAGGGAGGCAGAGCCCGGGCUGCCCCCGCGGCCCCGAGCCAGCUCUCGCCUCCCCCGGGAGCUGCCUGCUCCUGCCUGAGGACACGCAUGCGCCCGCCAGCCCCUUCCUCCUGCCUGCAGCCGACUCUGGUCACAGCCUGGUGGCAGCCCCCCCUCCCGACCCCCCCCAUGUUCAUCCACCCCUCCAAGUGCCCACGGGGCAGCACCCAGCCCCACGGCCCCGCUGCCAGGGGAAGCCACGGGCCUCGGUUUCCCCCGGUACUCCUGGUUUCCCCAUGUGCAGUGCCCACAGCCACCCCGUCCGGCAGCCCGUGGGAUGCGGGCGGGAGGGUGGGACACCCCUCUCCCUGCAGACUGACACCCUUGGGUGCCUGCUCUGCGGCGCUGGCUGGGCUGGCACGGAUGGGGGGGCACGGGUGCCUCUGCCCGCUCGGGCACUGGGCAGGAGCUGGAGGUCAGGGGAGCAGGGAGGUCCGGGGGGCACGGCAGUGGGGCGGCAGGCAGGGCUGUGCACGGGCAGGGCCAGACUGCCAGGGCUGGAUGGGAUGCUCCCGGGAUACGGGGUGCUCCCAGGCCGAUGGGGUGCUCCAAAGUGGAUGGGAUGCCUGAGGCGGAUGGGAUGCUCGAGGCCAGCGGGAUGCUCCAGGCUGGCUGGACGCUGCCGAGGCGGUGCCGCCACCCGCAGAAGCAGAGCUGGCCUGCUCCCGUCCCCCUCCGUGCGUGUCCCGCAGCCCCCGGGCAGGACCCAGCGUGCCGGCCGUGCCCGAGGUGUACGUACACGCCUGCCGAAACGCUCCCCACAAUAAACACACUGUGACACCCA